AUGUCGGACGCAAUCGUCAAACAAAUCGAAGAGCAAGGAGCCGAAGUUCGGCGUCUGAAAGGAGACAAGGCCUCCACUGAGGACGCAAAAACUGAGGCGAUUCAAAAGUUGUUGGCUCUGAAACUCGCCUAUAAAGAAGCGACCGGUCAGGACUACGUGGCUCCAAAUGCUCGUCAAGCGAAGCCAAAACAAGCACCAAAACAGCAGGCGCAAAAGCCAGAAGUAAGGAAACAGACACUUCUGGGUGUCGGAACGAGGAAAGACGAUAAUUAUUCGGAAUGGUACAGUGAGGUUAUCACGAAAGCUGAAAUGAUCGAGUACUAUGAUGUAUCCGGAUGCUAUGUUCUCCGUCCAUGGUCGUUCGCCGUCUGGGAAUCAAUUCAGGAGUGGUUUGACUCUCGAAUCAAGAAACUCGGCGUCAAGAAUUGCUACUUCCCAAUGUUCGUAUCGAACGCCGCGUUGGAAAGAGAGAAGACUCAUAUCGCUGAUUUCGCACCAGAAGUCGCUUGGGUCACACGUGCCGGAAACUCGGAGAUGGCUGAGCCAGUUGCGAUUCGUCCAACUUCUGAGACGGUCAUGUAUCCAUCCUACAAGAAAUGGGUUCAAUCUCAUCGUGAUCUUCCAAUUAAGCUCAAUCAGUGGUGUAAUGUUGUGAGAUGGGAAUUCAAGCAUCCAACUCCAUUCCUCCGCACCCGCGAGUUCCUGUGGCAAGAGGGUCACACCGCUUACGCCAACGCAGCCGACGCCGAGAAGGAAGUCUUCCAAAUUCUGGAUCUCUACGCCGGUGUCUACAAUGAACUUCUCGCCAUCCCUGUCGUCAAGGGACGCAAAUCCGAGAAGGAGAAGUUCGCCGGUGGUGACUUCACAACGACCGUCGAGGCGUACGUCGCAUGCAACGGACGUGGAAUUCAAGGAGCCACUUCUCAUCAUUUGGGACAAAACUUCUCGAAAAUGUUCGAAAUUUCGUAUGAGGAUCCAUCGAGAGAGGGAGAACGUGCGUACGCAUGGCAGAACUCAUGGGGACUGUCGACUCGUUCCAUUGGAGCGAUGAUUAUGGUUCACGGAGACGACAAGGGAUUAGUCCUUCCACCACGUGUCGCCGCCGUUCAGGUUAUCGUUGUUCCAGUCGGAUUCAAGACUAGUAAUAAGGAUUCGUUGUUUGAUGCUGUCGAUAAGGUGACGAAGGAAUUGGUCGCUGGUGGAGUCAAGGCGGAGCACGAUUUGAGAGAGAACUACAACGCUGGCUGGAAAUUUAACCAUUGGGAGUUGAAGGGAGUCCCAAUUCGUUUUGAAGUUGGACCAAAUGAUUUGGCGAAGAAACAAGUCACCGCCGUCAUUCGUCACAAUGGAGAGAAGCAACAGGUGUCGAUGGACGGAAUUGUCGCCUCUGUUAAGACUUUGUUGGAUGAAAUUCACACGCAGAUGUACAAUAAAGCACUCGCCCAACGCGACGCCCAUCUCAAGACCACCACGGAUAUUGAGGAAUUCAAGAAGCAUCUCGACGAGAAAUGCAUCAUUCUCUCUCCAUUCUGUGGUCUUCCCGAGUGUGAAGAGAAGAUCAAGAACGCGUCGACACGAGAAGACGGUGAGGGAGCUCAGAUGGGUGCGAAGACGUUGUGCAUUCCAUUGGAGCAACCAAAACAGGCACUUCCAUCUAAAUGUCUCUUCCCAUCGUGCACUGAGAAGGCCAAGGCGUUCGCUCUCUUCGGAAGAUCUUAUUAA